UAUCUUCAAACGGACAGAGCGGAACAAGUGUGAACAAUAAUUUUAAAGUUAAAAUGUUUUUAAUCGCAGUGUUUAUCAUUUUAUCAUUUUCGUCGGUUAAUGCAAAUGAAAGCUCUCCGUUGAAAAGUAGUAAAUUAAUAAUUGACAACGACGCUGGAGGCGAUGAUGCAGUGGCCAUAUUCCUUGCGCUACUUUAUGAAAAGCACUUUAAUGGGUCCCAACUUCUAGCACUGACUACGGUCCAUGGUAACACAAAAGAGACUAAUGUGUGUAUCAACAACCAAAGAAUUCUAAAAGUAGCUAGGAGACAAAAUAUCCCUAUCUUUCGAGGAGCCAAAGACUCCCUUUUAAAAGAUUUCGAAAGAGGAAAUUAUUACGGAGACGAUGGGCUCGGCGAUAGCGGCGAACAGUUAAUCAACUUGCUGCCUGCCCAGGAGAAGAACGCAGUGUCAGCACUCAUCGACCUAACCAAAACUUAUCCAGACGAAAUUACUCUUAUCACAUUAGGGCCUUUAACUAACAUCGCCUUAGCAAUAAGGUUGGAUCCAGGGUUUAUUGGUCGAUUGGCACACUUGUACAUCGGAGCUGGUCACAUUCACGAUGGGGAUAAUCCAGGACCAGAAUUUAAUGCUCGAAUGGACCCCGAAGCCUACCAUAUUGUCUUGGACAAUGUUAAUCCAGACAAGGUCAUCCUUCUACCAUUCUCGCAAGUGAAGAAAAAUCUUGAUUUUAGCAAGGAUUGGAGACAAAAUGUCCUAGGUAAAAUUGACAAUGAUGUGGUCAAAGCUAUAAAUAAAUACGAGCAAGUUUCCAUGAAGAAGAAUGAACGGUGGCGUGCUCUCGACCCUGCCGUCAUCGGGAUAGCAAUCAAGCCAGAUAUUGUGGAUGAAUACGUGUAUUCUAGGAACAAGAUAAUAUUAAACGGUGAGAAACGAGGCAUUAACACGAAUGAAUUUGGAGAUAAGGAUAUAGCCAACGUCAGGAUCGCUACUAACUUCGAUAAAGAACAAUAUAAACAAUUUCUUUUUAAUGUAUUCUCGGCUGAGAAAUAAUUUUGUCACGCAAAUAAAGAGUAAUGUGUCUAACAUACGCUUUGUAUGAUGUAUGAUAAAAAUGAUGAGUCAUCGGUUUAUAAUAUAACUUACUGUUUGGUGGUG